CAAGUCAGAAAGCCUGAAAGCCCCCAGGUAACUUGGGGUGGGUCUGAGCCCGGAUCUCAGAGGUCCAGACGGCACAGGAUGAGAAUCCCGGAGGUGGGCUGGGGGCCUGAGGCAGUGGUACCCGGGAGCAGGAACACCGCAGCAUCUGACCCAGGGACGGACACUCAGGUGGGGUCUGCAGUCCUGGGCUCUCAGGCUGAAGACCGGGACCACUGGCUGAAUGUGGACCAGGAAGUAACAGCUAGCAGUCGCCACUAUGUUGACAGGCUAUUUGACCCUGAUCCCCAGAAAGUUCUACAAGGUGUCAUAGACAUGAAAAAUGCUGUAAUUGGGAACAACAAGCAGAAAGCCAACCUCAUUGUUUUAGGAGCUGUUCCAAGAUUGUUGUACUUGCUUCAGCAAGAAACCUCAGGCACAGAACUGAAAACUGAAUGUGCAGUGGUAUUGGGAAGUCUUGCUAUGGGUACGGAAAACAACGUCAAGUCUCUAUUAGAUUGCCAUAUUAUCCCUGCCUUACUUCAAGGACUACUGUCCCCAGACCUGAAGUUCAUUGAAGCUUGCCUCCGGUGCCUGCGCACCAUUUUCACCAGUCCAGUCACUCCAGAGGAGCUACUGUAUACAGAUGCCACGGUAAUACCGCACCUCAUGGCGCUGCUUAGCAGGUCCCGCUACACCCAGGAGUACAUCUGUCAGAUCUUCUCGCACUGCUGUAAAGGUCCAGAUCAUCAAACAAUUUUAUUUAACCAUGGUGCAGUUCAGAAUAUUGCUCACCUACUAACCUCAGUAUCUUACAAAGUUCGAAUGCAAGCACUGAAAUGCUUCUCAGUUUUAGCUUUUGAAAACCCCCAGGUAUCGAUGACCCUGGUAAACGUUUUGGUUGAUGGUGAAUUGUUACCACAAAUUUUUGUGAAGAUGCUACAGAGGGAUAAGCCUAUUGAGAUGCAGCUCACAUCAGCAAAAUGUUUAACUUACAUGUGUAGAGCUGGAGCGAUUCGGACAGAUGAUAACUGUAUUGUAUUAAAGACAUUGCCUUGUUUGGUUCGAAUGUGCAGUAAGGAGAGAUUACUAGAGGAGAGAGUGGAAGGAGCUGAGACACUUGCCUAUCUGAUCGAACCAGAUGUCGAGCUACAGAGAAUCGCUAGCAUAACGGAUCACCUCAUUGCCAUGCUUGCUGAUUACUUCAAAUAUCCCAGCUCAGUGAGUGCCAUCACUGAUAUUAAAAGGCUUGAUCAUGACUUAAAACAUGCUCAUGAACUCCGCCAGGCUGCAUUCAAGCUCUAUGCCUCUCUUGGAGCAAAUGAUGAAGACAUCCGGAAGAAGAUCAUUGAGACUGAAAAUAUGAUGGACCGAAUUGUGACUGGCUUGUCUGAGUCUAGUGUCAAGGUGCGGUUAGCUGCCGUCAGAUGUUUGCACAGUUUAUCUAGAUCUGUGCAGCAGCUUCGAACCAGUUUCCAGGAUCAUGCCGUGUGGAAACCUUUAAUGAAGGUUUUACAAAAUGCACCAGAUGAAAUCCUAGUGGUAGCAUCUUCCAUGCUAUGUAAUCUUCUUCUUGAGUUUUCUCCAAGCAAAGAGCCAAUUUUAGAAUCAGGAGCUGUAGAGCUACUUUGUGGAUUAACCCAAAGUGAAAAUCCUGCUUUACGAGUGAAUGGAAUUUGGGCUUUAAUGAAUAUGGCAUUUCAGGCUGAACAAAAAAUAAAAGCAGAUAUUUUACGAAGCUUGAGUACUGAACAGCUAUUCCGGUUAUUAUCAGAUUCAGAUUUGAAUGUGCUGAUGAAGACAUUGGGACUUCUUAGAAAUCUCCUCUCUACUCGGCCUCAUAUAGAUAAAAUAAUGAGUACUCAUGGAAAGCAAAUUAUGCAAGCCGUCACCCUUAUUCUGGAAGGGGAGCAUAACAUUGAGGUCAAAGAGCAGACACUGUGCAUCCUAGCCAACAUAGCUGAUGGGACAACAGCAAAAGAACUUAUUAUGACCAAUGAUGACAUCCUGCAGAAAAUCAAGUAUUACAUGGGUCAUUCACAUGUCAAACUGCAGCUUGCCGCUAUGUUUUGUGUAUCAAACCUCAUAUGGAAUGAAGAGGAAGGUUCACAAGAGCGCCAGGAUAAAUUACGAGACAUGGGCAUCGUAGAUAUUCUACAUAAACUGAGUCAGUCACCAGAUUCAAACCUUUGUGACAAGGCAAAGAUGGCGCUGCAGCAGUACCUGGCGUGACAGGGUGCCCUGGGCACCUGUGAGCCUCCCACAGCCUUGUUAAAGGACGUGCAGGAACUAGCCUCAUUUGAUUCCUUCUAUUUGCACAAGUCACCUUGGACUGCAGGGAGCUGUUUUGCAAAAGCAAUUUGGUAGGCUUAGAUCUCAAAUUCAUCUUGAGAACAUUUUUUGAGGUAGUAAUUUCCUCAGAGGACUAUUGUGUUUUGUUUGUUUUUUUUCUGAGCUACCUGGACUCUUUAUUAGAACAAUCAAUCAUUUUCCUUUGGACCUACAAUUUUUUGCCUAUGCUGCAGCCACUUUGUGAGUGAGAAUGAAUGUGUAUCUGCACACAGGUGUGUGAGUGUGUGCACGUGAGUGAGAAUGAAUGUGUGCGUGUGUGUGAGGGAUACCUGAAAAUUUUCUUUUCUUAUUUUGUGUGAAAAUCUCUUUUCUACAGAUUUUCCAGGGUUUAAGCAUUGCUUGCUGUAUAAAAAAAACUUUACUGAAUUAUAUACAGUUUGAAUGAAAUGUUAUUUUAAGAACAAAACAAUUGUUAAGUGUUCCAUAAAGGUUAUGUUGAAUUUUGGUCAGAUGAAUAUUUGUAAGUAAAAAAUAUAUGCAUUUCUGAACCUCAACUUACAUAGAUUUUCUUUAUAAAAAAAAAAAGAAAAAAAGAAAAAAAAGAAAAAGAAAAGGUUGGCUAUAGUUGGCCUGAGUAACAGGCACAAUAUAUGGUGCUGUGCAAAUAGUAAGCUAGCAUCUUACUGCCAUCAAUAUCAGCAGGUACAGAGCCUCUUUUCGGCGUAAUUAUAAGCUCUCAGGCUUCCAAGUCAGAUGGACAGGGUGGAGUGGAGUGAGGCAACAAGGUCACCAUAGGUUUUUUAAAACAUCAAAUGAAAAUGUAACUACUGAUAGUGAAAGCCCAGCCAUGACUCUGGUGAGUUACACUUAGCAUGAACUGAGCACCAAGACCCUCCCAGCUGCCCUAAAGCCCAUCAGUGGUGUAGCAAUAUCUGGCAGGAUUUAGAACCAGUGAUGGGACCUUGUGCUCAAACUAAAGUAGGUCAUCACUUCCUGGAGACAAAGUCCAGUCACCUUGUGCUUCCUGAAACAGCAUAUAUCACUGUGAAACUAAAGAACGUUCUACAGACCUAUGUGUAGAAAGAAGCAAAGAACAGGAUAGUUUAGAAAGCUGGUUUUCUCUCAGCUUUACUCAGCAAAUGCUAUAAACUAGUCACUCAGGACUGCUAUUCAGUGUGCUUUUAUAAAAUGAGAUGGAAAUUUCAGUAAGAGAUGUGGCUAAGCUCUUUCCUGCAUGGAGCCCAGAGCACUGACAUUUGAGAGAAGGAAAGAGACUCCCCAGGAGGACUGAAGAUGACUUCUGUUUUACAGCGAGUACUGCUUAGCUCUUCCGCAACCCUUAGCUUGGCAUCUGCUCCAACUUCUGGGUCAACUUCAAGGUGAACUCAACAGAGGUUGCUCUUAACUGUUUGAAAGUACAGCCAGCCUGCCUUUUUCCUUUGCUAAAAGAAGUUCAAAGGCACUGUUCCCUGGAAGUGAGGCCUGCGACCCAGAAGCUUGCUGUGAGGGCACGCCACUGACAGGGUCCCGAGCGCACCAGCCACUCCUGAUGGGGCUGCCCACAUCUCAACCACCCGUCACCGACCUGCACCUUCCUUGGAAGAUUUAAAUAUGUUCGAUUGCAAAUGAAUGUUUUUUAAAUGUAUUUAAUGCAAUUUUUCCUGUUUUCAACAUGACCGCCCAAGAUUCAAACACA